ACCCUAACUCGGCAACUGUGCAUCGGCCUAUGGCCUCCCCAACUACCAGUCGGCCCAAGUAGUCCAACGCCUCUUGUCGCCGUCUCCUUGUCCCCUCCUCGCCAGUCUCGCCAUGUUUCGCCAGACAGCAGCACGAGUGAGGCAAACAGUCUCGCCUUCGCUCAAGCGCCCCGGCACUCGAGCACAAAGCGGAGCCCACCACGCCUCCCGGCCCAAGCCCAGCCAGCGCCCUUUCUGGAACUCUGGCCGAGCCUUGCUCUUCUCCGCCGUCACCGGCACAACCACGUACUUUUACGGCGUCAACGAUGAGCCCCACCGCAUCCAGAUGCCAUGGCUCAAAUCCACCGGUCCUCAGUAUGCAAACAAGCACGACAUGGAAAAGGCCAUUGCUGAGCUGAGAGAGGUGCUGGGCGAGGAUGCCAUCAGUACCGACGACGACGAUUUGCACAGACACGGCUACUCGGAGUGGUCGUCCAUCAAUAUUGACCAACUGCCAGUCGCCGUCGCCUACCCCAAAUCCACGCAGGAAUGUGCUGCAAUUGCCAAGACCUGCUACAAGUACAGAAUACCCAUGAUUCCCUACUCUGGAGGUUCAAGCCUGGAAGCAAACUUCUCGGCCCCAUACGGAGGCAUGAGCAUUGAUUUUUCCUUCAUGGACCAGAUUGUUGCCUUGCACGAGGACGACAUGGACGUUGUCGUUCAGCCUUCGGUGCCCUGGAUGAGCCUCAACGACCAGAUCAAGGACUCUGGCCUCUUUUUCCCAGUUGACCCUGGCCCAUCGGCUCGAAUUGGAGGCAUGGUAGGCACCAGCUGCAGCGGCACUAAUGCUGUGCGAUAUGGCACCAUGAAGGACUGGGUCAUCAAUCUGACGGUUGUGCUCGCUGAUGGCACAGUCAUCAAGACCAGACAGCGACCCCGGAAAUCAUCGGCCGGCUACAAUUUGACGAACCUGUUCAUCGGGUCAGAAGGCACACUCGGAAUCGUAACCGAGAUAACGCUCAAGUUGGCCGUGAUUCCUCAAGAGACGAGCGUUGCAGUCGUCACCUUUCCCACUAUACGCGAUGCCGCCGCCGCAGCCUCAAAAGUACUGCGGGCCGGGGUCCCAGUGGCCGCCAUGGAGAUUAUGGACGACGUGCAAAUGGGCGUCAUCAACAAAGCCGGGUCGACCAACAAGAAAUGGAAAGAGCUGCCAACCAUGUUCUUCAAAUUUUCGGGAACCAAAGCAGGGGUCAAAGAGAAUAUUGAGCUCGUAAAGGCGAUUGCAAAGGCCAACAAGAGCGGCGAUUUUGAAUUUGCCGUCAAUGCCGAGGAGCAGAAAAUCCUGUGGUCGGCGCGCAAGGAGUCGUUGUGGAGCAUGCUGGCGCUCCGUCGCGAAGGUGACGAGGUUUGGUCGACCGACGUCGCAGUCCCCAUUUCCCGCCUCCCCGACAUUAUUGAAAUUUCCAAAAAGGAAAUGGACGACCUCGGCCUUUUUGCCAGUAUCCUAGGCCACAUUGGCGACGGAAACUUCCACGAAAGCAUCAUGUAUAACAGCAAGGACCCCAAAGAGCGCGCCGCCGUCGAAAAGUGCGUUCAUGACAUGGUUGAUCGUGCACUCGAAAUGGAGGGCACUUGUACCGGCGAGCACGGCAUUGGACUGGGCAAGAAGGCAUCACUGCAAAAGGAGCUUGGUAUCGAUACUAUCAACGUCAUGAGGAGUAUCAAGGGCGCCCUGGAUCCUUACUGGCUCAUGAACCCGGGCAAGAUUAUGGAUGCCCAGGCAAGCCCGUAGCACGCUCCGGCUUCCUCUCUUCUUUCUUUUUUUUUUCUUCCGUUGACGAGCAAGUACAAAUGCAUUUGGGGGUAUAUCUGACGUUCUGCACUGCAUCUUGGAGGGGUAGGAAUGGAUUUUGUAUGCAUGUUGGUUGUAAUAUGGGUACCCAAAAGUUGACGCACAUUAGUUUGGA